CCAUCUCCCUGUGCCCUCCUCACAAGCCACGAGGGUUUCUCCCUCGAAUUUUCUCUCCCUUCCCCAGCUGAGGAGGGAACGAGACAGCAGCUGGGUGGGCACCUGGCCGCCAGCCUAGGCCAAGCCACCACGGCCAUUCACGGGGAUGAAGAGGCUGCACCGUGGGCUUGGAAGCCCAGGGGGUGUCUGUGAGGCUGGGGGAGCUCCUGGGCCCUGCCGCAUCAUCCACCACUCCAUGGUCUCCUAGUGACACGGAGGGAGCACUAUGACACCAGUGACACAGGCGAGUCUGGGGGGGACUUUGCGUCUCUGGUGAGCGCCAGGCGUGGAGGCAGCAGCUCCUGGCAGCGAGGCGAGGCCAGGCGAGGCGAGGAGUUGCUGCGCAGCAUGGCUGCCGGAGAGGAGGAGAAGGCCCCUGAGGCACAGGAGGACGGUGAGAGCAGAUGCCCCAGCAGCUCCCUGGAGGUGGAGGGCCCUGAGCACCCCCUGGGGCUGUGCAGAGCCGCUUGGGCUGUGGACACCCGGGGACGCCCUGCCAGGAGCCCCCGAGCAGGCCCUUGCGGGCGUCCCUCGGGGACACCUGCCAGGUGCUCAGUGGGGGGAUGCUCUCAUCCAUGGCUGCCGCCCUGCCUCCCCCAGAGUGCGUGCUGUGCCACCGCUCGGACACCAGCUUGGAUGGCUGCGGGCCGAUGUUGCAGGUGGACGGGGUCUGCGCCCACGUGCACUGCCUGGUGAGCUCCCCGCGGCUGCCCGCGCCUUUCCCCAAGCCCUUGCCUGGCACCUGGAGCCCACAGGACUGUGGCAUCCCCAGCGCGCUGCUCGCUGGCUGUCACCUCCUCCUGCUGCGCUGCCAGCACAGCCUCCCCACCAUGGUCCCUAUCUCCUUGCCCUGAGCAGCUGCGGGGCUUUGCUCUCUUCCAGUUUCCAGCCCAGGGCCUGUACCAGCGAGGCGCUGAAGGGGAAGGAAUCUUCGGAUUCCUCUGCGCGGAUAUCAGGCGGGUAGCGGGUCGGGCAGCUCGCAAGGUGAGGGCUUUUUUGGAGCAGACGAGGCUUGUGGCAGCUGAGCCCAAGCCCUGGCAAAGAAAUCCUCGAGGCUCUGGACAAGCUCCGGGCAAGUGCCAGUGGCCCCGGCCACGUCCCUGACGGGGCUGCUGUGCUCUUUGCAGCGCUGCUGCGUCUGCCGCAAGAAGGGGGCCACCGUCGCCUGCUGGCAGAAGCGCUGCUCGCGCCGCUUCCACCUGCCCUGCAGCUCCCAGCGGGGCUGCAUCUCGCAGUUCUUUGGGGACUACAGGUACGAGCUGCCCUAGCUUGGGCUGCAGCCCCCUCAGCCUGCGCCCUGCAGGCAGAGUCCCCGGUGUGGCACGCGUGGUCCCUGGCCUCACUCAACUCUUCCGUCCUCACGCAGCUCCUUCUGCUGGGAGCACCGCCCGCAGCAGAGCGUGGAGACGCUGCAGGAGGGGCACACCACGUGCAUCAUCUGCAUGGAGGUGGUGGAGGACAGCCUCUCCUACACCACCAUGGUGUGCCCCUCCUGCAAGCACGCCUGGUUCCACCGCGGCUGCAUCCAGGUAGGAGGCCCUUCCCUCUGCCAGCCCGCAGGGACACCAUGCGCCCGCAGCGGCGUCCUGCUCACACGGGGAGUCUCUCUUCCACAGGGACAGGCGCUUCGGGCGGGCCUCAGGCACUUUGCGUGUCCUCACUGCCGGGACCGGGAGCGCUUUCUCCCUGAGAUGCUGCACAUGGGAAUCCGCGUGCCCAACAAAAAGCCGGCUUGGGAGCAAGACGAGGAGGAGGAGCCGGCACUGCCGCAGCUGUAUGGCCGCUGCGAUGCCAGGCAGUGCCUGUACAGGGGAGGCCGCGAGCAGUGGCAAGAGGAAGGGCCCUGGCAGCUGCUGCUCUGCUCCUCCUGUGCCGCCAGCGGGACCCACCGCCGAUGCUCCGGCCUUGGGGACACCACGCAGCAGUGGGAGUGCGCUGGCUGCGCUGGCCCGGGCACUGGCACUGCUCCCAGCUCCUCACCCUCACCACCGGAGAGGAGAGCCGGCCGUGGCAGGGUGCUGCCCCAGCGCCACAGCCCCUACAGCCGGCCACAGCCCUGAUCCCGGCCUGGGGACAGAUGCUCCAGGGGGAGCACAGUGUGCUGCGGCUCGCUUGCAUUUGCCUGUACAAAUAAAGUGGUUUUGGUUUUUUGUCUACAUGA